AUGACCAAGCUGACCCUCCUCACUGGUCUACUUCUUGUGCUGGCAGCUGAGAUAGGUUCUGCCUACCACCUGACAUGCUACUUCACCAAUUGGGCCCAGUAUAGGCCUGGCCUGGGGCGCUUCAAGCCUGAAGACAUUGACCCCUGUCUUUGUACCCACCUGAUCUAUGCCUUUGCUGGGAUGAAAAACAAUGAGAUCACCACCAUCGAAUGGAAUGAUGUCACCCUUUACCAAUCUUUCAAUGGCCUGAAAAACAAAAAUAGUCAACUGAAAACUCUCCUGGCUAUUGGUGGCUGGAACUUUGGAACUGCUCCCUUCACCACCAUGGUUUCCACUCCUGAGAACCGCCAGACUUUCAUUACUUCAGUCAUCAAAUUCCUGCGCCAGUAUGGGUUCGAUGGGCUGGAUUUUGACUGGGAGUAUCCAGGUUCCCGUGGGAGCCCUCCCCAGGACAAGCACCUCUUCACCGUUCUGGUGAAGGAAAUGCGUGAAGCUUUUGAGCAGGAAGCUAAGCAAGUCAACAGGCCCAGACUGAUGGUCACUGCUGCUGUAGCUGCUGGCAUCUCCAAUAUUGAGUCUGGUUAUGAUAUCCCUCAGCUGUCCCAGUACUUGGACUUCAUUCAUGUCAUGACCUAUGACUUCCAUGGCUCCUGGGAGGGCUACACUGGUGAGAACAGUCCCCUCUACAAAUACCCAACUGACACUGGCAGCAACGCCUACCUCAAUGUGGACUAUGCCAUGAAUUACUGGAAGAACAAUGGGGCCCCAGCUGAGAAGCUCAUCGUUGGAUUCCCAACUUAUGGUCACAACUUCAUCCUGAGCAACCCGUCCAUUCAUGGAAUUGGUGCUCCUACCACUGGCCCUGGCCCUGCUGGACCCUAUACCAGGCAGGAUGGUUUCUGGGCUUACUAUGAGAUCUGUAACUUCCUUAAGGAUGGGGCUACUCAAAUGUGGGAAGCUUCCGAGGAAGUCCCCUAUGCUUACAAAGGCAACGAGUGGGUUGGAUAUGAUAACACCAAGAGCUUCAAAGUUAAGGCUGAUUGGCUUAAGAAGAAUAACUUUGGAGGUGCUAUGGUUUGGGCCAUUGAUUUGGAUGACUUCACUGGGAAUUUCUGCAACCAGGGCAAAUACCCUCUGAUCAACACCCUGAAGGAUGCCCUAGGCCUGCGGAGUGCAACUUGCAAAGCUCCAGACCAGCCCAUUCCUCCCAUCACCGAAGCUCCCAGCACAGGCGGUGGCAGCUCUGGGGGCAGCUCUGGGGGCAGCUCUGGGGGCAGCUCUGGUGGCAGUGGAUUCUGUGCCAGCAAGGCCAAUGGCCUGUACCCAGAUCCCACUAACAGAAAUGCUUUCUACAACUGUCUGAAUGGACAAACUUUCCUUCAGCACUGCCAGGCUGGCCUCGUUUUUGAUCCUUCCUGCUCUUGCUGCAAUUGGUGA